AUGAAUAGCCAAAAGAAGCAUUUGCGGCAUGUUAUGCUUCAUUGUUUUAAAAAAGGUAGUAGUGCAAAGGACACUGCAGAUGAGAUUUGCACCGUUUAUGGGAGUGGUACCACGACUAUUAGAACCGUCCGCAAUUGGUUUAAGAAAUUUAGAACUGGCAAUUUUGAUUUGAGAGAUGAAGACCGUAGCGGCCGCCCAGCAACGACGGAUACGGAUCUCAUCAAGAGUAUGCUAGCUAAAAAUCCGCGAUAUAGUGUGCGCGAGAUAGUGGAUGCCACUAACAUUCCCAGGACAACAGUACAUAAUCAUUUAAUCAAGAUGGGAUAUGAAAAUCGACCUUCAUCUGUUGCGAAGCCAGGACUUCAUCCGAAGAAAAUUUUUUUGUGUAUUUGGUGGGACUGGAAAGCCUCCAUAGCCGAAAAAUGGCCAGAAUUGAUGAACUGGCAUGGUGUUAUUUUUCAUCACGACAAUGCAAGACCACAUGUUGCGUUGGCCAUAAGACAGAAACUCUUACAGUUUGAUUGGGAUGUUCUACCUCAUCUUCCGUACUCCUCAGACCUUGCCCCAUUCGAUUAUUACUUGUUUCUCUCGUUAAAAAAUUCUCUCCGCGAUAAAUGUCACAAAUUCGAAAGCGAAAUAAAAAAGCAUCUCGAUGAAUAUUUUGCAAGUCUCAACAAUUUUGAAAAGAGGGCAUAA